UUAUCCCUCAUUUACAAUCCCAAACACCCGUCAACUCCCCACCUCCCUCCUUCUUCCUUCUGCUCCAUUAAACCUGCAAAAAAAAAAAGUCGUUAUCGAAAGAACCUAAUCGAAGCAAAAGGAGACAAGGUCAUACUUUAAAGUCGAAAUGGUGUACGUAAUGUGGCAGAUCAGACCAAAAAAUGAAGUUGUCGACGUAUCAUCCUUAUAUGCGGGUGCACCCACAUGGUUUAGUAUUAAGCUUCAUCAUGGUGGGAAGUUUACUAAGUUACCUGACAUAAAGUAUACUGGAGGUGAAGUGCGUUAUGUUGAUUAUGUGGACAUAGAUGAGUUUUCUGUACAUGAACUUGAUGCCAUAAUGCUUGACCUAGGUUACCCAGACCCACGGAUGAUUGAAUUGAGUGUUGAAUCCCCAGUGAUAUACUACCAUUUCAGGAUACCCAAUGGUGACUUUCAAUUUGGUCUUAGAGCUUUAGGGAAUGAUCAGGAUGUUAUCAAUCUUUCUAAAUUUAUUCAAAAUAACAAGUUGAUUGAAGUGUACACAGAACAUGGGAAGACAAAUCUACUCACAUACUUCAUGUCUCCAAAUGCAAAGGGUAAAGUUGUCAUUGAGGAAUUACCAGAAAAUGAUGAUCAAGGGGCUAAAUAUGAGGCUGAAGUUCAUGUAGAAUCUCCAUUGAGAAAUAUGAACCAUGUCAAUGAUGAACCAAUUGGUGAGUACAUGUCUUUGAUUCUUUUUGGGAGUAAAACUGAUGCAUUCUCUCCAGAGUAUAGAAGGGGUAGAGUUGGGAAUUCAAAAAGAGAGGAAGGUUCUUGUAGCAAGAGGCUUAAUUUAGAGGAUAUUGAUGAUUUAAAAGAGAAGGAAAACACUAAUGAGGAUGAGAUGAUUGAUGGAUGCUACAACACCCCACCCAUUAAUGAUGAUGAACAAUAUAAUGAACUUUUUGACAACCUUAUGGAAAAUUUAAAUGGAAGUGAUGAGUAUGUUGAAGAGUAUGAAGGGGAUGUUGAAUCUGAAGAGAGUGAUGAAGAGUAUGAAAAGGAUGAAGGUGAUGAUCAUGAUGGGAAACAAUCAGAAAAUGAAGAUAAAGUGGAUGACAUAAUGGAUGAGGAGAACAAUAUAGAAGAUGUUGAUGUGGACAUGGCAGACUUCUUUGUAAAUGUUGAAAGUGAUGUUGAAGGAGCAUGUAUUAAUGAUGGUCAUGAACCUGAAGAUAUGGAAGUGAUCAACAAUGAGGAGUUCGAAUCAUUGGAUGAAGGAUCAGACCAAGACAGAGAAAGAAGAGCUCUCAUAAGAAAUUUGGGAAAAGAAAAAAGGUGCAACUUUGGGUCAGUACAUAUACAGUCAUUCUCAGUGGGGCAAAAGUUUAAAAGUAAAAAAGAAUUAAAGGAGUUAAUUGAUGUGCACGCACUAGAAACAAGAAGGAAUCUAUUCUUUAAAAAAAAUGACAGUCAAAGGCUUAGGGCACAGUGCAGAGGAGUUGUACCUGUCAUCAAUAAAGGUCAAGUGGGGACUAAACCUACCACUUCAAAAAGCAAGGGCAAAGAAGUAAAGACACAAAAAGAAACAUGUGGUUGGUAUAUACAUGCAUCUAGGUCAAACCCCGAAUCUGAUUGGUUUAUAAGGACCUUAAACCAAACUCAUACAUGCUUACAAACAAGAAAACUCAGAGCUUGUACUGCUUCUUUAAUCUGCAAGAAAAUCAUAGAUCAAGUUGAGGCAGAUCCGAAGAUUCCUUUGAGAGCCAUACAAGAUCACUUUCAAAAGACCUACCAGGUGGGUAUUUCAAUGGAUAAGGUGUUUAGGGCAAAAGAUAUGGCAAGAAAGCAUGUAACUGGGGACUACACAAAACAGUUUGAGUUGUUGAGGGACUAUGCUCUUGAACUUCAAGCUACAAACCCAGACACAACAGUCAAAAUAGAUGUGUGUCCUAAUGGCAACCCUGCAUCCCCAACAAGGCAGUUUAGAAGGAUUUAUGUAUGCUUGGGUCCACUGAAAAAAGGUUUCAAAGCAUGUCUUAGAGAUUAG